AUGUAAUAAAAUUAAUUAGUAUAAACUGAAUAAAACCAGCUAUAAUAAACCUAAUCAGAUUAUGAACAUUUAUCUCCUAAAUAUGCUAAAUAAAGUUAAAUAAUUGCAUCUGUAAAAAAAUAAAAAUAACUAAUAACCAAAAAAUUACAAUAAGUUCAUCGCAAUUAAAAAUUUUUUACAGAAUUUAAUUUGAUAUCUCAUUAACCAACAUAGAAACUCAUUUCUAGUCCAAUAGAGGGUAGAGCUUUAUUGAAUAAUUUAAUAUUUCCAAGCAAUUCAAAAAUGAUAUUAAAUCUUAUAGAUUUAAGAUAGGAUCAAAAUUAUCAAAAGGAAGAUUAAUUUUUUAAUAGAAAAAGAUUGUUUGCCUAAUCAAAUCAAGAAUUAAAAAUUAGAAAUAAUGAAUUCAAACCAAAACCCUAAAAUACUAAAAUUCAAACAAAUAAAUUGACCAAAAUUUGUUAACAAGAUAAAAACAUAUCAUAAUAAUUUAGACGAAGUAGAUAUAUAUCUAUGCAGAUGUCUAGUUCAUAAUGUUAUUUAUCAAUAACUGGAGCUUAAAGUGUUGUAACUAGUAGGGAUGUUACACCAAAAAAAAAAUGAGUAAUCCC